AGGCAGAGAGAGGACGGUACGUGUCUCUCUUGAAGGGCUCUCAUUAUGAGGGCGGGACCGACCACCUGCUGAGGGCGGAGAAAGAGAGAGGGCGAGGCCACUCUGAGGGGAAAAGGGAGCAAUGCUUCAACCGAACGUUUUAAACCUGGUCUGGGGAAAGACUCCGCCCCUUUUCCUCCCUCAAGAGCCAAUCAGGAACGAGGAGCGUGGCCACGCCCACUCCUCACUCUAAGGCGCGCGGGGAGUAAACUCAGUGUUAGAGGUGGCGCGAGGCAGGGGCUCCGCAGCGGGAAGGACGUGACCCUACCCCGCCCCUCAAAGAGUGCUACAAACAUUGCCUGAACAACAUAUCCCUUGUAUUAUUUUGAAGCAAAUAUAAAUAAAAGAAAAGCUAUCUGGAACAAAAUGAGUGCUGAAAACAAGGAAAAUCAGUCUUUUGAAGCACAUGAGCCCACAGUGAAAACGCCUCUGAAAGAGACGACUGCCUCCAAUUCAUUUUUGGCAGAGAUCCAGCCCACCACUUCUGGCCAUCUGACAACACCUCCAAAGCCUAAUGAAGUCUCUCCUAGAGAUCCAUGGACACCAACAGCUAACCUCAAAAUGCUGAUCAGCGCAGCCAGCCCUGAGAUUCGAAAUCGAGAGCAAGAAAAAAAAUUGUCAGACAACAGAAGUGAAAGCUUUGAGGAACAUUUAUCAGGAGAUGAAUAUGAAAAAUCCCAACCAAGCCGUAAAGACAAAAGUCUAGGAUUGCUGUGUCACAAAUUUUUAGCUCGGUAUCCUUGUUAUCCUAACCUUUCUGAAAAGAAUGAAAUUUGCCUUGAUGAAAUAGCAGAAGAGCUUAACGUUGAACGUAGACGUAUUUAUGACAUAAUGAACGUCCUGGAAAGUCUGCACAUGGUGAGUCGACUUGCCAAAAACAAGUAUUCUUGGCACGGUUAUCAUAAUCUUAAAAAAACAUUGCAGAUUUUGAAAAAAGUGGCUGAGGAGAACAAAUAUACACAACAAAUUGAGUUGAUUAAGAAAAGAGAAUUUGAACAAGAGUCUGAGGAAGAUGGCCAGAAGAUUGAAUUGGUGGCAAAGCAAGUUAGGCCAAAUGAUCAUACAGACAUAUGCUUUGUGGAACUUCCUGGGAUGGAAUUUCGAGCAGCUUCAGUAAACAGUCGUAAAGACAAGUCUUUAAGAGUGAUGAGUCAGAAAUUUGUGAUGCUGUUUCUGGUAUCAUCUCCCCAAGUUGUGAGCCUUGACAUUGCUGCUAAAAUGUUGAUUGGUGAAGAUCAAAUGGAAUAUUUAGAUAAAAGCAAAUUUAAAACUAAAAUCCGAAGACUAUAUGAUAUCGCUAAUGUCCUCAGUAGCCUUGAACUUAUCCAGAAAGUUCAUGUUACAGAAGAAAAGGGCCGCAAACCAGCAUUCAUAUGGACAGGGCCAGAUAUUUUUUCAGAUAUUCAGGAUAGACUGAUACAAGAAAAGCUGAUGAAGAGAUCCCAUAGAGCUGAAGGUCCCUGGCAACAGGUUGCUCAAGUACCUAGCCAAGAUGCAGAGCCUGUACUCACACCUGCUAUGAUUGCUUCAUCUCAUCCUGUGAAAGAGGAAUCUUCCAGAGAUAAUUGUUCCAAGGAGCUCUUCCCUACUAGAAAUAAACAAGGCUUCACAAGGCAUCCAUCUUUAAUAAAAACGACAAAGACAACACAAAGUGAUUGGAGGAAGAUUCGUUCUGCUCCAAGCAGCCCGAUUAAGAAAAAUACAAGUCAAAUUGUGCCAACUUUUCCAAGCAAGAUGGCGCAACUUGCAGCAAUAUGCAAACAACAGUUAGAUGAACAGUCACGAGAUUUCAGAAAGAUGAAGAUGAAAGUGGAACACUCUACUUUACAAGGCCCUCUGGGUGCUCCUUCUGACAAUUCCAAACCAUUCCUAUUGCCUUCUCAGGCUGGGAUAUUUCCACUGAUCCCCAGUUCAGUAUCACCAACUGUACUAGCUCCUGUCAGUUCCACUGUGUCAUAUGCAGUAUAUUUGCAGCCUUCCCAAACACAGAUAGUGACUGCAUACAAUCCAGGUUUAUCAGUACAGCCUGUUCCCUGUACUAAUGUGAUAGGAAUGAAAUCUUCUGUGGAAGCCAGUUCUCAAUUAAUCCCUGGUAAAAAGUUUAUUGAAGACAGGGACAGUAACUUAGCAGCAGGUGAUGCCAGUGCUGAAGACCAAAACACUGGGUUGGCCAAGGAGCAAGAAUGCAGAAAAAAUGACUUGAUGUCUGGAAAAUGUUCCAAGAGAGGUAAAUCAGUGCCAAAGGACAGCCCAAUUAAAAAAUGUAAGAAUGAAGAGCUAGAGCAUCAGGAUGGGCUUAAGACUCAGCUUCCUUCAGGUUAUCGUAUACCUCUUCCCCAGUUUACAAAGCUUCUCAGUGAAACUACUUUUUCUAACAACGAGAAGACUGAGCCAUGUGUAGGACAGAAAAUCUACAGUUCUCCCAUUGCUGAUGGUAUUCCAGUGACAUCUGACUCUAGAACAGGUCAUUUUCCUACUCUUCAUUUAACACCUCUAAACCUGAUGACACCAUCUUCGGUAGUCGCUGUACCCGUGGUGAAUGAUCCUGCUAUUGCUUCAAGCCAUGCUAGUCCUGUCCAAACCCCUAGCUCUUCAUGUCUGAACUUUAUGCUGCAACAUGUAGGACUAAUACCAGCCAGUGUGCAGGUUUCUGGAAAUCAUGUCUUUGGAUCUGCCCUGGUUAGUCAGCAAGCUGAAUGUGUUAAUCCUGUUCCCGAAAGUGUCAGCAUGAAACAAGUGAAAGCAUUACAUAAUGUCUUACCAAAGUACAGCAGUGGAUUAAAUGGAAAAUCAAUUCCAACAACGCCUUUAAAGCUGACCACUGUUUCUCCAGCACCAAGGGAUUCUCAGAAAGUCAGCAGAAGUGUCUCACCAUGUGAAUCAACCUUAAUUCCUGGCCUUUGUUCAACCUCUUGUGAAUCAAUUGAAAUUUCCCAAGAAGAAUUAGUAAUUCAACAAAGUAAACUUGAUAUAUCAACAGAAGAUGAUAAUGUUUGAUUUGGAGGAGAAAAUAUUGUUUGAACUUUCUCUCAGCAGAUGAAUUGUAACUUUUUAUUUAUACUUUAUAGGUGUAUUUCAGAAAUGGUCUUUGAUCAUAAGUGUGCCUUCUCCAUGCUGGAGUCCUUUUGACUUAAAAUUAUCCUGCUUUCCUCUUACAAACAAAACAAGGAUGUACAUUUGUCUCCUUGAGAGGAAACAAAACCCCUUACAGAAAAAAAGCCAUUCAGAACAUUGCUGACAUUGGUUGUGUGGGAUAUGAAAGCUGUUGUAUGCUAAAUACACAAACUUAAAAACACCAUGUAACAUGCUAUAUUUAAAAAAAAAACAACUUGAAGGACUAAUUCAGUUCAAAUAUUUUAAUUCUCUGUUUUAAUUACUGUUAUGAAGUUGGAAAUCUUAAUCAUGUCUAUUUAAAUGUAAAGUUUAUUUUUAAAAUUUUGUCAAAUUAAAAUUUGAAUUUAACUUUC